GCUUGCGCGGGUGCGGGCGGCCAUGGGGCUGGCGGCGCUGCCCCGCGGGCUCGGCGGCGGCUGGGCGCGGCUGCGAGGGCUGACGGGCCGCCCCGGGGGGACGCCGGCCCGGCACGGCGGUGCGGCUGCCCCGGCGGCGCCGCUGCUGUGGCCGCGGGGGGCGGCGCGGCCGCGGGGCGAGGGGAGGUCGCCGGCAGCCGCCCCCCGGCGCCGGGAGGUGACGCUGACGGGCCCCCGGUACGGCGUGCGGCGGCGCCCGUUCCGCGCCCUGUCCGGCCGCGACCUGGCCGCCUUCGAGCGCCUGGUGCCGGGCCGCGCCGUGACGGACGCGGAGCAGCUGGCGCCGUUCAACGUGGACUGGCUGCGCUCGGUGCGGGGCUGUAGCAAGCUGAUGUUGAAGCCGCAGACAACAGCAGAGGUGUCCCAAGUGCUCAGGUACUGCUAUGAGAGGAACCUGGCAGUGAACCCACAGGGUGGUAACACAGGCCUUGUUGGGGGCAGCGUACCUGUCUUUGACGAGAUCAUUCUCUCCACUGCUCUCAUGAACAAGAUCAUCAGCUUUGACAAGGUGUCUGGGAUCCUUGUGUGCCAAGCUGGCUGCAUCUUAGAGAAACUCAACGAGUACUUGGAGGAUCAGGGGUUUAUCAUGCCACUGGACUUGGGAGCGAAAGGUAGCUGUCACAUCGGUGGCAAUGUGGCCACAAAUGCUGGAGGCUUACGGCUCUUGAGAUACGGCUCUCUCCGAGGGACAGUGCUAGGACUGGAAGUGGUGCUGGCUGACGGCUCGGUUCUGGACUGCUUGACAUCUCUGCGCAAAGACAACACUGGCUAUGAUUUGAAGCAGCUUUUCAUCGGAUCUGAGGGGACCUUGGGGGUUAUCACUGCUGUCUCCAUACUCUGUCCUCAGAAACCUAAGGCUGUGAAUCUGGCAUUCCUAGGGUGUCAGAGUUUCGCUAAGGUUCUGGAAACAUUUACAACCAGCAGAGCCAUGCUGGGAGAGAUCCUGUCUGCCUGUGAGUUCAUGGAUGAGAAGUGCAUGGAACUGGUGGAGAGACAUCUCAAAUUGUCCAACCCAUUGACAGGCAGCCCUUUUUACGUUUUGAUUGAAACUUCAGGCUCCGACUCAACCCAUGAUGCAGACAAAUUGAACAACUUCCUAGAGCAGGCCAUGACUUCUGGUUUGGUCGCUGAUGGAACUGUGGCAAUGGAUGCUAAGAAAAUAAAGACACUGUGGAGCCUGCGGGAGAGGAUUACAGAGGCCCUGACUCACGAUGGCUAUGUCUACAAGUACGACAUCUCUCUCCCUGUGGGAAAGCUGUAUGAUCUCGUGAUGGACAUGAGGGCUCGGCUGGGCCAGAGUGCCAAAAAUGUGGUGGGCUACGGCCACUUGGGAGAUGGAAACUUGCACUUGAACAUCACAGCAGAGUCCUACAGCCAUUUCCUGCUGGAUGCCAUUGAGCCGUAUGUCUAUGAGUGGACUGCAAGGCACAAGGGUAGUAUCAGCGCAGAGCACGGACUGGGCUUCAAGAAAAAGCAGUACAUUCAUUACAGCAAAUCCAACGAGGCGAUCUUUCUAAUGCAGCGUUUCAAAGCCAUGUUAGACCCCAAGGGGAUCCUCAAUCCCUACAAGACUCUGCCCACCAGUUCAGAGAGCAACAUGCACUGAGAAACAAGCAGAUGCCGUUGUGGGAAGAUGGCAUCUCUAGCUCAGUAACUGUACUUCAGCUGAUGGAUCAAGCGAGCACGUGGACUGCUCCUUGUUUUAUUUCUUUAGUGUGAUGGAACAAAUAAAGGAACGUGGAUCCUC